GCGCAGGAAGCGGCUAACUGGCUGGCCUCAUUGGAGGCUGCAUAAAGGAGACGUUCGAUGCUCUCCGGCAAAACAAAAAAUCUUCAUGGCAGCAAGAAGUCGACGGUGAUCCGCGCGGCUAGGCUAGGCUAAAGCUAGGCUAAGGCUGGGCUGGGCUGGGCUUGGUGGAGGGGACGGUUCCAAAAGCGGCCGAACCUCCAUAUGCGGGCCUUGUUUUGCGUGUGAGCUCGCUAAAAACUAAUCCAAGAGCCGAUUGGUCGUCUCGUCUUUUGCUAUUUUUUAAUGGAACAUUCGAGUUAAUUAGCCUGAGAGAAAACUCUAAGCAGGACCGAACAGCCAACGACCGCCAGAAGCCUGCUUCUUCUUCCUCCUCUUCCUCCACCUCCUCCUCCUCCUGUGUGGCGGUGACCGAAUCAGUACCAUGGCAGCUACUUUGUCGGCCGAGGAAGAACAGGCCAUCAGACAGUUCCUGGAGGAAAUCACUAAGUGGACCAGUCAGCAUGGAGUGUCGCCGCUCUCCAGGGAACUGGCCGUCAAGUUCCUCAUGGCGCGCAAGUUUGACGUGCUCAGAGCCAUCCAGCUGUUCCACAGUUACAGGGAAACGCGUCUCAAAGAAGGAAUUGUCAGACUUCAGCCUCAGGAAGAACCUCUGCGGUCCGAGCUGCUCAGCGGAAAGUUCACAGUGCUGAGUGCACGCGAUCCGUCGGGAGCCUCCAUCGCCUUGUACACUGCCAAACUUCAUCACCCAAACAAGACGGGCAACCACGUUGUUCUGCAGGCACUCUUCUACCUCCUGGAUCGCGCCGUGGAGAGCUUUGAGACCCAGAGGAAUGGCUUGGUGUUCAUAUACGACAUGGCUGGGUCCAACUACACAAACUUCGAGCUGGACCUGAGCAAGAAGAUUCUCAACUUACUGAAGGGGGCGUUUCCCGCCAGGCUGAAGAAGGUGUUGAUUGUUGGUGCCCCCGUGUGGUUUCGGGUGCCCUACAACCUGCUCAGUCUGCUGCUGAAGGAGAAACUUCGGGAGCGCGUCCAGAUGGUGAAGAUGGCCGAGCUGCGCCAGCACCUCCCCAGAGACUGCCUUCCCCAACAUCUAGGUGGCUUGCUUCCCCUGGACGCCUUCAGCUGGAAUCAGCAGCUUCUGGCGGGCCAGAACGGCCGCGUGGACCCCGUGGAUGAGCUGGUGGGCAUCCCCCUGGAGGACUCUUCCAUUCACAUCGCAGGACCCGAGUCCAUGCGCCCGCAGGAGCUGCUGGCGCACCUGGGCAGGCUUCAACGCUCCGGCAUCCACCUGGAGUACGAAGAGCUCCGGAAAGAACCGCCGCCCGGAACCUUCCACUGUGCACAAGCAGUCUACAAUCUGGAGAGGAACCGAUAUGGAGACGUUCUCUGUCUUGAUCAAACAAGAGUCUGCCUGAAGCCGAGAAGGAACGAGAGAUCUGACUACAUUAACGCCAGCUUCAUGGAUGGCUACAAACAGAAGAACGCAUAUAUCGGUACUCAAGGUCCACUGGAAAAGACCUAUGGUGACUUUUGGAGAAUGGUUUGGGAACAAAAUGUGCUUGUCAUCGUCAUGACAACCAGGACAGAGGAGGGCAGUCGAAGGAAGUGCGGACAGUACUGGCCUCUGGACGAAGGUGGGCAGGAGGUCUAUGGCCACAUAGCAGUGGUGAAUCAAAGAGUGGACCACUACACCCACUACAACCACACCACCCUCGAGCUGCACAACACUGAGACAUGUGAACAGAGGCAAGUGAGUCAUUUCCAGUACCUCAGCUGGCCCGACUACGGCGUCCCCACCUCGGCGGUGACUCUCAUCGACUUCCUUGCAGCCGUGAGGAGAGAGCAUGGCAAUAUGAUCAAGGCUUUGGGAUCUCGAUGGACGGGACACCCACAAGGACCCCCCACGGUGGUUCACUGUAGCGCGGGGAUCGGAAGGACAGGUACCUUCUGUGCCUUGGACAUCUGUCUGUCGCAACUCCAAGACGUGGGCUCGCUGAACGUGUGCCAGACGGUGCGACGCAUGAGAACGCAGAGGGCCUUCAGUAUCCAAACUCCGGACCAGUACUACUUUUGCUACAACGCCAUUUUGGAGCACGCCCAAAGGCAAGGCCUGCUCCCGGCCAAUCAGUGAGCUCUGGUUCAUUCCGUAUCCCCCACUUUGCUCACAAAAUUCUGCUGUUCGCCCCAAGACGCACGUCUUUGCAAAUGCUGUCCUUUUCUUUCCUGGGACCAUUCGUCAGCAUGUGACAACGCGUGUGUGCCGUGUGUGCCGUGUCUGUGUGUGUGUGUGUGAAGUCCAGCAAACGGGUAGCCUAAGCAGUAAAUGGACAAAAAAAAACGUUGAUCUCCGCUGCGGGGUUUUUUUUUUGUGCUAAUAACCGUUUCCGGCCGUAGACCACUGUUUGAGGAAAAACGUGUGUGAUCAAAAGCAACUUUUUAAAAAUAUAUACAGUAUAUAUUUAUAAUUUUUAACUUACUACAGAAUAAGCACCAACUACCGUAUUUUCAGGUGUUAUGAAUAUUAUAAUCCUAUAAGAGUUUCAAAUCACUAAGCCAAAACUAAAACCUGAAACCGUUUCAAAUUCAAACCCUUCUUACGACUUGUCCCUUAGAAAUGACAAUAAAUGGCUGAGACACUGGUGAAGACUCUCCGCCAACAACCCUGGUGAAAGUUAGCCCCUCCUCUCCAUGCAAAGAUGUCAUUCUCUCGCAGUCGAGAUGUAUCGCUUGCACAUACUUCCUUGACGCUCAUUACUACUUUCCAAAUAGGCUUCGGGAACAUCUUGAAGCCUGUUGCAGAGAGCACAAAAAUAUGCAGAGACGCUUGUACGUAAGUUUUUCAGGAAAUAUUUGAAAAAAGGUCAAAACACAAAUAUGUGAAGUUGUAAAUAGGCUUUAGAAAAAAAACUUGAAAGACCUCCUUAUUUGGCGGGGGGGGUUGGUUUUUUUUUUCAUGGAGGGUGAAAUAUCCCUUCAAAUAGAUGCACAAUCUUCCUAAAAGGGAGGAAACGUGGCCACCAAGUUUUUUGUUGUAGUUUGUUAUUUUUUUAAAAACACAACCAUGGGUCCAAGUUGUUAUUUAGCACAAGUUGGAUGUCGCAGUAGCUGAAGCAAGCGGCGAAAGAUGGCGUGCGCCACUUCACUACAUGAAGCAAAUACAAUCUGAUACACCAAUUCACUCGCACGUUUCCAUCCAUUUUCUUUACUUGUCCAUCCUUGGUCAGAACCGAUCCCAGCCGACUCGGAGCACAUCGACCACGCACUCACAUU